UUCAAUCUUAUUGGGUUAUAAUUUUACAGUUUUCGAAGCGACAUCGACAUUUAUGAAGGGUUUUCAAUGAUUUUAAUAAAUGAAUCACGCGAAAUUGCCAUCCGAAAAAUUAAUUUACUGGAAGAUGGAACUCGUUAGAGUCUAGAUAUAAAACACGAGAAACACGUUUCAAUGUAGAGAAAAGGCAGAAAAAUUACCAAAAAAAAACCAGGGAUUGUACUCAAAUUUUUCUCAAAAAAAAAGUAACUUAAGUAAACAAAAAAAAUUGGUACCUAACAAAAAACAUCACAUUCAAUUUUAGAUUACAAAAAAAAACAAAACCUAAUGAAAAUUUCGAUAGCAGUUUUUUCAAAAAACACAGAAAAAAAAACAUCAAAACCCGAAUAAAAACCACUUUUGAAAAAAAAACAGCAAAUGCUCAAAACAGAUUCAAUAUUUCGAAAGUAAGCUACUCGUAGAUCGAAAUGCAAAAAGAAAGCACGAAAAAAAUAUUGGAUUCCGGAAACAUAAUCGAAAAAUGUGUUAAAAUAGGAACUGAAAAAAAUUGCAAAAUUGAAAGUAGAAGGGGAAAUCUACCAAGACAGGGAAGAACGAAAUUUAAUCUUUUAUUCAAAAUCAUUUCGAAAAAUCAAACACAAAAAAACCGAUUGUAAAAUAACAGAAAUGUUGACAUGAGCGAGAAUUUGAUGAGAAAAAAAUUAUUCGAGUGUUGAGCAAUAAUAAACAAUAAUUUACAAAAAAAAUCCAUUAAUUAGAAGAGAUAUUUUAGAACGGGAAAUUUAUUAAAAUCAACGAGAAAAAGCAACGCGGAGGGGGAGGGGGGAGAUUGCAAUCCAUAUUUGGAAAAAAGUUAUUUGUGAAAAUCAUUUUAAAAAUUCGAAUACCAAAAAGAUGUACCUUGCUUCAGAAAAAAAAUCUCCAUCAAAACUGUCAAAAAUUGUCACAAUUCAAAUCAAAAUAGAAAAAAGGCGACAAAAUUAUUGAAAUUGAAAGAAAAUGACUAAUACAGAAAAGCAGAGCAAAAAAGUUAAAAAAUAUCUACGUUGAAAAACCUCUUUGUGAUCUUCUUUUAAUAAAUCAAAAUCAUAAGUACCUACCCUAAGAAUAAAACUCAACAGAGCGAAAUUCAAAAUGAACCAAAAAACAGAAUUUUGUCUAAAAAAUUUGAAAAGUUCAGAAAAAUUACGAGGAUUUCAGAAUAAAAAUUCGAUUAGAAGUACAUAGAAAAACUCCACCGAAAAAAUCAAGGUAAAAAGCACUAAAAUUCAAGAAAAAACAUCGAAGGAAUUGAAAAAAAAACUCACGAAAUUUAACGAUAAAAUAACAAAAACUUUACAAAAAUUUAGACAAAAGAAAACACGAAACUUCGGGGGAAAUCGUUGAAAAAUUGGAGAAAAAAAUCUAAAUAAAAUACAAAGCUUCAAAGUCAAAAAAAAUCUGUAAAUAGAAAAAUUCCACAAAAAUUUAAGCAGAAAAAUUACUAAAAUUUGGGGCUAAAUUAGGAGACAAUUCUAUUAAAAAAUUUGAAAAUUCGAGGAAAAAGGUCUCGCCGAAAUUGAGAAAAAAAAUGUAGGCAGAAAAACGAAAAAUUGUGGAAAUCAUGAAAAUGAAAAACUCGAAAAUUCAGUUCAGCAAGAAUUCAGAACAGAGAGCUCACGAGAAUUAAAAUGAGGUAUAAAUUCGGAAAUACAUCAAAAAAAUUUUGAGAAAAAUCAUCAACAAAUUUCUAACAAAAUUCAAGCGGAUUCAAAUUCAACAGAAAAGCAUAAAAUCGAACUUGAAAAAAAUUGUUCAAAGAGAGAGGAAAUCAGUUAUGAAGGAAGGUCCCUUCAUAACUGGAAGGGAAAACACAAAGUCAUCAAAAUCUUGAAAGAAGCUUCCCUCCCUUCUCGAAAGAAUAGGUCAACAUUUCAAAAAAAGUGAAUUGAGAAAAUCAUUUUUAAAAUUCGAAUACAAAAAAAUGUACCUUGCUUCAAAAAGAAAAAAAAAUCCUCAAUCAAAAGUGUCAAAACUUGACGACACGAUUCAAAAAAAAAUGGAAAAAAGGCGACAAAAUUAUUGAGAUUGAGAGAAAUUGACCAAAACAGGAAUCAGAGCGAAGAUCAAGAUCUGGAGAGAAAAAAAAAACUCGAAAAAUAAUGUUGAAAAACCUCUUUGUGUUCUUCUUUUAAUAAACCAAAAUCAUAAGUCCCUAAGAAUGAAACUCAAGAGCGAAAUUCAGAAUGAACCAAAAAACAGAGUUUUGUCAAACUCAAAACUUAAAAUCAAUGAGAAUUCAACAGAAUAAAACUUGGAAAAAAAAAUCGAGAAAUCCUCAAAUUAAUUCUCAAUAAAACCAUCACUUUUCAAGUCCAAAAAACUCUCAAAAAAUUUGUAAACAGGGAAAUUCCACAAAAAUUUAAGCAGAAAAAAUACUAAAAUUCGGGGCUUAAUUAAGAGAAAAUUUCAUUUAAAAUCUUGAAAAUUCAAGAAAAAAGGUGUCGCCGAAGUUAAGAACAAAAACUUAGGCAGAAAAACGAAUCAAUAAAAUUCGAAACAAAAUUAUUAUGGAAAUGAUGAACACUGAAAACUCUCGAAAACUCACUUCAGCAAAAAUCAUUCAAGAACUCACAAGGGAACCCUCCCACAUGAUAAUCUCCGAUUUGAAUGAAACUUGGACAGGUGGAAAGAGGACCUCAAAAAACCCCCAUCCCUAAAUUUUCAGCUGCUGAAGUUGAUUUUUCUAUUUUUGGCGAGCGUGUGAAGUUUUGUGUAUUUUUUAUACUUUUUCUCAUGUUAUGUAUCAAAAAAUUCGAUUUCUUAUGAUAAUUCCAGAUUUGACCGACGGUAGUACUUAUCGAUUAGGUAUCAAGCAGAGACCCUUUGGCCAAAAUUUCAGCUGCUGAAGUUCAUGUGGUGGGGAGAAACGGCCAUUUUUUGAAUUCAUUCAUAACAUGGGAAAAAACAGUAAAAAAUCUUGUUUCCUGAACGGAUGGCCGGAUCCGGCCAAUGAUGGCAUGAGUCGAUUUGGUAUUCGGCAGAGACUGUUUGACCAAAAUUUGAGCCCUUGAAGUUCAUUAGAAGAGCUUAAUUGACUCAUUUUUCAAAUUUUUCAAUGGCAUUUAAAAACCAGCAAUUGAGCAAAAAAUUCGAUUUCUGAUGAUAAUUCCAGAUCCGGCCGGCGGUAGUAUUAGUCAAUUAGGUAUCAAGCAUAGACCCCUUUGACCAAAAUUUCAGCUGCUGAAGUUCAUGCGGUGGGGAGAAACGGCCAUUUUUCGAAUUUACAGAACAACUUUACCUGUGUACACAAAACUUCAAACGCUCGUCAAAAAUCGAAAAAUCAACUUCAGCAGCUGAAAAUUGGGGGAUGGGGGUUUUUUGAGGUCCUCUUUCUACCAGUCCAAGUUUCAUUCAAAUCGGAGAUUAUCAUGUGGGAGGGUUCCCCUGUCAGAACAGAGAACUCACAAAAAUUAAAUUUAGGUAUAAAUUCGGAACUAAAUCAAAAAAAUGUUGAGAAAAAUUAUCAAAAAAUGUCUAACAAAAAAACUGUUAGAAUAAAAAAAAUGCAGUCAAAAUGUGGGCAAAAAACUACCACAAUUUAGAACAAACCCAUAGAUUCGUGAAAAUUCAAUGUUAAAAAAGUCUGUCAAAACUGGAGAAACUUCACCAAAAUUUGAAUAGAGAAAAAAAAUGGAAAUUCCAAGAAAAUCAUCGAAAAACUUGAAAAAAGAUACCUUGCGAAAAUUCAAAAAAAUCAUACCCAUCAGAAUAGGGAAAAAUCUACAAAAAUUCAAAAGAAAACUCACUAAAUCGAUGAAGAAAAAAAAAUCACAAAAUUCAAAAAAAGCGAUCGAACUGAAAUAAGGAGAAAUCCCGACUAUUUAAGCAAUAAAAUCACUCAAGCUCGAGAGAAAAUUUUUAUGAAAAAAUUAAGAGAAUUCAAGGUGAUAAAAUUGGGCAAAAAUUCAGGCGAAAAAGGUCUUUGCGAAAAACAUCAUCAAAAUUCAGACUUCAGAACAAAAUCAUGGAAAAAUUAUUUUGAAAAAAACACCAUCAAAAUGCAAGAUGGAGAAAUCAAUCAAAACAGGAGAAAAUCCACUCAUUUUAUCAAAGUGAAUAAUCAUCAGAAUUUAUGAGAACUGUAAUAUUUUACAAGUUUAGAUGUUCAAAAUUGCAUAAAAAUGAGUUUGAAAAAAUUCCACGAUUUUCUAAUUUCUGUAGAAAUUGUCCAUUUCCAGCUUAUUUAUUGCCACUAUAAAGGAAGCUAAGGUCGUAGAUGAAUGAAGAUGAGAAGAUGUUUGAUGAAAAAUUCCGAAAAUGAAAAAUAUUAAUAAUUAUAUUAUUAAAGUUAAAGUUUAUAAAACAGUUUGAAAAUCAGGAUGAUGUAGUGAACGACAUGAACGAACGCAUUCCGCGUGCAAAAACAAAAAUCGCGUUGAUUUCGUUUAAUUUUAUUUUCCCAAAUCGUUCGAAGCGCUCUCUACUACUCUGUACACGAAUAAAGAUUAUUCAAAAAGGUAUCUCAAAUCCUCGUUAGAUCUCGCUAAUUAUUGAUCAAUCAACCUAUCAGAAUCGAGCAUCGAAAACCCUCAAAAAAAAACAAACAAAACAAACAAUUUUCCUUCUUCCUUCUAUCGACGGAGUGGGGUGAAGUAGUGGGAUGUGAUUGAUAACUUAAUUUAUUAGAAAAAUUACGUGUUUUAAAUAUUUAUAAUCGUAUAAUUCGUUAUGUCCGGUUACAAACGAGUAAAUUACUAUGAGCUUUGCCGCCUUUGCACUUCAACCGAAGGAACUAAGAUACACAUUUAUAAAGAAGAAGGACGCCGAAGACAACUCCCCACUAAGAUAAAAAAAUGUCUCCCUCUAAAGGUGCUGGACAAUGAUCUUCUUCCGAAAAUGAUUUGCAAUAAUUGCGCCAAUAAACUAGACGAAUUCGAUAAUUUUCGACAGCUUUGUUUGAAAGCAGAAUCAAUGCUACAGAGCUUCCGUUUAUCUUUGAAAUGUACCGGCAAGGAAACAGACAAGCUACCAGUUUACGUUAAAGAUGUUCAACCACAAGCCACCUUAGUGGAAAAAAGUCCAGUUCAGCAGCCCGAAACCCAAGUUCAUUCCUCUGUGCAAGUUCCAAAUAAUGUUACUAAUGUGUUUCAAAACACCACCGAUAAUGAAGCAGAUAAACGUGUGAUAGCUUUAAUGACGUUGCCCAGUAGAAUCGGUGAAGAAACACGACAGAUGCCUUUACAAUGUUCGGUACCGUUGAAAUUAAACGGUGUACCAUCGUCGGUCGUCCCAGUGAAUGUGGAAAAUUUAUCUAGUCUUAUGCAAGUAAUGCCUGAUAACGAUUUAUCUCGCAUACAGCAGUUCAAGUUACCUUUACAAACAGAAAUGGCAGUUGUAAACGAUGCUAAUAAUACACGAUACAACGUUACGAUACCUACUGGCAAUAGUGAUACGGUUGUUCAUCAAAAAGAAGUCGCCAACGUUAUUCAAUCUUUACAGUGUGAAAUAAACGAAGACGGAAAUAUCAACGUGAACAAAAUACUUCAAUCGAAUUCAGCUUCUGGGAAUGUGUCAUUUAGCGAAGCAUCCAUACCAGUAUCGAUAGUAGCUUCGACGCAAACAGGACUCACCUCCAAUACUACAGCACAACAAGAUGUCGUGAUGCAGGUCGACCUCACCAAAGAUGACUCUAAUAAUUUGAAAAGCUGUGGCACCUGUGGUAAAAUAUUGAGCAAUCCGAAUGAAAUAUGUAACCAUACCAUCGUUAGGCCUGCUACCUCAAGUGUAUCGAAUAUACCUCAGCAAAACGCAGCUACUUCUGUUAUACAAUCAGUGAAUUCCAUUUUUACACCAACGAAACCCUCCAGAAAGGCAGCCAAUAGUGAUCAGUUUUACAAAUGUGAUGUCUGUGAGAAACCGUUUCGCAAGAAAGAGCAUCUUUUUCAGCAUCGAAAAUUACAUUCUGGUGAAAGACCUUAUGUUUGCGGCAGUUGUGGUAAAUCUUUCAGUCGUAAAGAGCAUUUGUUCAGACAUACGUUAGCUCACACCGGAGAAAAAACACAUUCCUGUAAUAUUUGCGGUAAAACGUUCAGUCGUAAAGAUAAUCUGCACAAGCAUCGAAAAACGCAUGGCAUAACUGGUCCUUACGAAUGCGAAAUUUGUGGUAAAUCAUUCAUCGUGAAACAUUAUUUCUUGAUGCAUCAAGCUAACCAUGGCACCGACGAUAACGAAGCACUACCAUUCCAAUGUGAAAUCUGUAAAAAAGGUUUCGUUAAAAAAGAAUUCCUAAAUAGUCAUAAAGUUAGGCACAGAGUUCGCGUGAAUCCUCAAGUAAGCGCUGCAGAAUCCACAAUCACCACCACUUCCCAACUGGAAGAAAAUAAUUUGACGACUAUCAACUCGGUUGCUAUAUUAUCAUCACCCAAUAUCCUACAACAAACAGCGUGUUCUGAUACCAUAUACAUAUCAGCUCAACCAUCAGCAUUUACAUUGACUGCAACGGCUGCUUCGAAUACAACUACUGCUACACAGACUCCUUUAUUUUCCACUGCUCUUACCGAAACUCAGUUGUUGGAAAAUUAUCGUCAGCUGACUUCAACUGCUGUUUCUUCUUAGCUAUGUAAUGCCGACGACGCUUUUGUGAAUUUAAUCAAGUCAUCACAAAGUGUUUGGUCAGCGAAUCAGCAAUUUACUAAUUAGAUUUAUGGGACAUUAUCUGCAGUGUACAUGAUACAGAACAUAUCGUACAAACCAAUAAUUAUAUCAGAUAAUUAAUAUCAUAUAAUUAGUUAAAUUGGAGUAUAAUUUUAUCUGGUCAUAUGUUUUCUAAGUCAGAUGUUUGUUUUUUCUCUUGUUUUUGUUGUGUUUUAUGCGUAUAGCAGUGUAGCAUUUUAGAUAAGCUAUUGUGUUAUGUAAAAACGCGUACUUUGUUUUUAUGCGUUUCUAUUUUAAAAAAUUUAAAUUAUUUUUCGUGCCAUUUGGAUCUCAAAAAUUUUGUUUUUCGUUUUGAAUAUGGCCAAAAACACUCCUCAGCAAUCAUGCAUUCUUCUAAUUUAUAUUUAUUUUAGAUCUAAUCUAGUCAGUCUUCAGCUUCACGAUGUUUUAAACAUGAAUUUAAAAAAAAAAUUGAUACAAUCAUUGUUUUUUCAACUUCAAGCACAAAUUAAUUGGAUUAAUAAUAAUCGUUUUGAAAGGAAUUACAUAUCAGUUCCAUAGUACAGUUGGGAUAUUUCGUUUCAAAUUUAAUUUUGAUUACUAUUUACAGUCUUUACUGUUGUUUAUUUCAAUUUAUUUACUGUGAUUUUUAGCAAACUCCGAGCGUUUCAAUUCUUAAUGUUGGUAUCUGUGAUACCGGCAUUUUCAACUUCCUUCGUUUUUAUUACCUUAUAUGGUAAUUAAUUUGUACUGGAUGUACUCGAUGUAAUUGUUAUAUUCAUUCGUUAUUAAACUGUUGUACAAGA